AUGGUUGAUCUUAAAGAGGGGACGUCAAACUCCUCAUCUUCAUCCUCGUCAUCGUCACCGUCUCUUUCACUAUCAACAAUGCAAAUAGAUAGAGAAUUGUGGAUGAUUGCUGAGGAAAGGGCUCAGGAGAUACUAAACACCAUCCAACCUAUCUAUGUUUCUGACAUAACUAGGAGUGAGAUUGUUAAUUAUGUCCAAACUCUUGUCAAGGAUCGUCUUGGAACUGAGGUCUUUAAUUUUGGUUCAGUGCCAUUAAAAACCUAUCUCCCAGAUGGAGAUAUUGAUCUGACAGUCCUAACUCCUAAAGAUAAGGAGGAGAACAUGGCUAAAGCAUUAUGCAGUAUCCUUCAAGCUGAAGAUGGAGAAUCUGAUUUCCAAGUUACUGAUGUUCAGUAUAUCCAAGCACAGGUCAAGGUCAUAAAGUGCAAGAUCAGGAAAAUUUCUGUAGAUAUCUCCUUCAAUCAAAUGGCAGGACUAUGCGCUAUAUGUUUCCUGGAGCAGGUUGAUACUAUUUUUGGGAGAGACCAUCUGUUCAAACGUAGCCUGAUUUUGAUCAAGGCUUGGUGCUAUUACGAGAGCCGUAUCCUCGGUGCCAACACUGGAUUGAUUUCAACAUAUGCAUUGGCAGUACUAGUCUUGCAUAUUAUCAACAUUUCUUAUCCAUCAUUAUCUGGCCCUUUAGCGGCACUGUUUAAGUUCUUGGAAUACUAUGCAUCAUUUGAUUGGGAUAAAUACUGUGUCACGGUCUAUGGUCAAGUCCUGAUAUCUUCUCUUCCAGACAUGACUGGUAAGGAUACUGAGAUCACAAGACAUCAUUUAUCUUAUGUUUUCCUUUAUUUUGAGACUUCACUUGUUGCUCUUUAUGUAGAAACCGAGCAUCAUGAAGUUGUGUUGAACGAGAAGUUCGUUAGAGAAUGCAUGGAGUUAUAUUCGUUUCCAACUAAAGCUGUCCAUGCAAAUGGCCUUGGCUUUCCUGUGAGGCCUUUAAACAUCGUGGAUCCUAUGAAACACACUAACAACCUUGGCCGUAGUGUGACAGUAGGCAAUGUGAAACGUUUAAGACAUGCGUUUACUCUGGGAUCUAAAAAGCUAAAGGAUGUGCUUACACUACCUGGAGAAACAAUGGGAUGGAAACUUGAGAAGUUCUUUGGUAAUACACUGGAGAGAAACGGUAAGGGACAACGUCUAGACGUGGAGGAACCUGUCACUGCGUUUGGCACUGGAAGAUCAGAAUUUUCUGAACUUAGAGGUGAUUUUGAAGGAUACUUCAAUAGUCUUGUAUAUGGGAAGUGGUUUCACGGUGAGACUCAGCAGAACUGGAUUCCUCAGGGUCAGGACACAAGUUAUUGGGACAUUUUGAAUGGUUUCUAUAGAAAGAAUCUUAAUGGAGCAAUCCCCAUGCAGAGAUCAAGAGGAACUGGAACUUACAUUCCUGAAAUGAGUCAACAAUCUUAUACAGACAGGUUCAGUAACAAACCGAGUAGGAUGAAGUCAUUGCCUUCAGCACCUCGGUCCUAA